AUGGCUCACCUGAGUGAACGUAAAUGGACUCACGUGUUCCCUUUCCUGAUGAUCUCCCUGGUGUACGCUGCCAGCGCCGAAUACUCCAACUGCGGUGAGAACGAGUACUACAACCAGACCACGGGCAUGUGCCACGACUGCCCCAAGUGCGAGCCGGGUGAAGAGCCCUACAUGACAUGUGGAUAUGGCACCAAAGACGAGGACUAUGGCUGCAUCCCCUGCCCUUCAGAGAAGUUUUCCAAAGGAGGGUACCAGAUAUGCCGACGGCACAAGGACUGCGAGGGAUUUUUUCGAGCCACAGUCAUGACACCUGGGGAUCAGGAGAAUGAUGCAGAGUGUGGUCCCUGUCUCCCAGGUUACUACAUGCUGGAAAACAGACCUCGGAACAUCUACGGGAUGGUUUGCUACUCGUGCUUGCUGGCACCUCCCAACACCAAGGAAUGUGCAGGCUCUAACUCUGGCAUUUCAGCCAUUUUCCCAAGCACCUCUGGCACAAGCACUUUCUCACCUUACCAGCAUGCUCACAAAGAUCUUUCAGGACAAGGACAUCUGGCUACAGCUCUUAUAAUUGCUAUGUCCACUAUCUUCAUAAUGGCUAUUGCCAUUGUCCUCAUCAUCAUGUUUUACAUUGUAAAAACAAAGCCAUCUGCUCAAGCCUGUUGCAAGAGCCACUCAGUAAAAAACGUCGAAGCUCAGGCUAACACUCAAGAAGAGAAGAAAGAAGUGCAAGAUAAUGUUGUGAUAUUCUCUGAGAAAGAAGAGUUUGAAAAACUUACAGCAACUCCAGCUAAGGCUGUCAAAAGUGAAAAUGAUGCAUCUUCUGAGAAUGAGCGACUCUUAAGCCGGAGUAUGGAUAGUGAUGAAGAAGCUGCAGUUGACAAGCAAGGGACUCCAGAGAGAUGCUUGUUAUCUUUAGUGCAUUUGGCCAGAGAUAAAUCUUCUACAAGCAAUAAAUCAACUGGGAUUCAAAGUCGAAGGAAAAAGAUACUUGACGUGUAUGCUAACGUAUGUGACGUUGCAGAAGGUCUGAGCCCUACAGAGCUGCCAUUUGACUGCCUGGAGAAGACCAGCCGAAUGCUGAGCUCCACCUACAACACGGAGAAGGCCAUAGUGAAGACGUGGCGUCACCUGGCCGAGAGCUUUGGGCUGAAGCGGGACGAGAUUGGCGGCAUGACGGACGGCAUGCAGCUCUUCGACCGCAUCAGCACGGCGGGCUACAGCAUCCCAGAGCUGCUCACCAAACUGGUGCAGAUCGAGCGGCUGGAUGCUGUGGAAUCCUUGUGUGCAGACAUUCUGGAGUGGGCACAAGCAAUGCCGGCUCCUGAACCAGCAGGGACGUCCUGA